GAACAAGAAACAGUGAUAUCGAACGGCAUGAACGACGACGACGAUACUAACAAUAUUAACAGUUGUAGUGGAUUUGAUAACAAUCGUAUCGGAGACGGAGACGGAGACGAUAACUGUGAUAUCAAUCAGAUCAGUCAAGUAUGGGGAACGUGGGAGGAGUUGGUGUUAACAUGCGCCGUUAAGCGUCAUGCUUUUACCGAUUGGGACUCCGUCGCUAAAGAUGUUCAGUCUCGUUCCCGGAGUUCUCUCAUCGCCUCCGCCGUCAAUUGCAGGCUUAAGUAUCAAGAUCUCAAACGUAGGUUCAAAGAUUCCGUCGACGGCGGUGAAGGAAACAGAGAAGCGGCGGCGGAGGAGGAUGAUGAAGUCGGUGAAAUCCCUUGGCUCGACCAGUUACGGAGUCUUCAUGUUGCAGAGCUCCGGCGAGAGGUUCAACGACGUGACGACUCUAUAUUGUCGCUUCAGUUAAAAGUUAAGAAAUUAGAGGAGGAGGAGGAGGAGAAAGACGGAGAUGAUGGAGACAAUAAACCAGAUCUGGGAAACGACGAAACUAAACCGGCGAAGCUUAACCGGGAAACGACGGAGUCGGACCGGGACGACAAUCGGUCGAUGAACGAGUCCAACUCUACAGCCUCCGUCGAUAAACUCGCCGAUCACGACGGAGAUAAAAUGGUAGAUCCCGAUCCGGUUAACAAGACGGCGGCGCCGAAGGAGGAGGAGGAGGAAGAAGAAGAAAGAACGGUUAGUAAAAGAUCGGAAAUGAGUAACUCGGGAGAGUUAGAUGAAUCGGGAACGUCCACUGGUCAUGGAAAGAGGAAAGGACAGAAGAAAUACAGAAGCGGCGGAGGUGGCGGUGAGAUCAAAUCGGCCGGCUAUAAAUCACAGNAUAACUGUGAUACCAAUCAGAUCAGUCAAGUAUGGGGAACGUGGGAGGAGUUGGUGUUAACAUGCGCCGUUAAGCGUCAUGCUUUUACCGAUUGGGACUCCGUCGCUAAAGAUGUUCAGUCUCGUUCCCGGAGUUCUCUCAUCGCCUCCGCCGUCAAUUGCAGGCUUAAGUAUCAAGAUCUCAAACGUAGGUUCAAAGAUUCCGUCGACGGCGGUGAAGGAAACAGAGAAGCGGCGGCGGAGGAGGAUGAUGAAGUCGGUGAAAUCCCUUGGCUCGACCAGUUACGGAGUCUUCAUGUUGCAGAGCUCCGGCGAGAGGUUCAACGACGUGACGACUCUAUAUUGUCGCUUCAGUUAAAAGUUAAGAAAUUAGAGGAGGAGGAGGAGGAGAAAGACGGAGAUGAUGGAGACAAUAAACCAGAUCUGGGAAACGACGAAACUAAACCGGCGAAGCUUAACCGGGAAACGACGGAGUCGGACCGGGACGACAAUCGGUCGAUGAACGAGUCCAACUCUACAGCCUCCGUCGAUAAACUCGCCGAUCACGACGGAGAUAAAAUGGUAGAUCCCGAUCCGGUUAACAAGACGGCGGCGCCGAAGGAGGAGGAGGAGGAAGAAGAAGAAAGAACGGUUAGUAAAAGAUCGGAAAUGAGUAACUCGGGAGAGUUAGAUGAAUCGGGAACGUCCACUGGUCAUGGAAAGAGGAAAGGACAGAAGAAAUACAGAAGCGGCGGAGGUGGCGGUGAGAUCAAAUCGGCCGGCUAUAAAUCACAGCCGUUGAUAGAUAUCAUUAAGCUGAUCCGGUCUCAUCCUCGUGGUUCCGUGUUCGAAUCCCGUCUUAGGAGCCAGGAGACAAAGGAUUACAAGAGGAUUAUAAGGCAGCAUUUGGACAUCAAGACGAUAGAGAAGAAGUUGGAGAAAGGAUCUUACGCUUCUUCAAGUCUCUCUUUUUACAGAGACCUCAAGCUUCUCUUCACAAACGCCGUUGUCUUCUUUCCUCCAUCUUCCUCCGAAUCCUUGGCUGCACAAGAGCUAAGAUCCCUCGUCUCUAACGAAAUUAAGAAACGAACCGGAAUAUUGGGUCACGGUGUCAUCAAAACAGAGGCUGGAUCUUCGGUUUCUAGACAGAAAUCCCCUGUUCUUCCUCUGGUUGCCUGUAAGAAGAACAGUUCAUCUUCGAAAAAGACGUCUCCUUCUUCUAGCUUUAAACAAAAAGAUGAGAAGAAAUCUCCGGAAGUUUCAGAGGAGAAGACUGUGACUACUACUACUACAACUAGUGCAAGAAGCUCUAGGAGAACGAGCAAAGAGAUCGCUGUUGUUGCCAAAGAUACUAAAAUAGGAAGAGCCAAGAAUAGUAAUAAUAAGAAACUAAAGGUUACGAAAACAGAUUCAUCGAGUGAUGAUGAUGAUGAUGAGAAAGAAGAGACUCCUAAAACAGAGAAGAAGACAGUAGCGAUACCAUCGGAUAAGAAGAAGAGUGUGGCUGAUUUCUUGAAGAGAAUAAAGAAGAACUCUCCACAGAAAGGUAAAGAAACAGCAAGUAAAAAUCAGAAGAAGAGCGAUGGAAACAUUAAGAAAGAAAACGAUCCUCCGAAGAAGAGCGACGGAAACGUUAAGAAAGAGAACAGUAAAGCAAAACCAAGGGAGUUGAGGAGUAACAGUACGGGUAAAAAGAAGGCUGAGGUAGAGAACAAUAAUAGUAAGAGUUCAUCGAAACGAAAACAACCGAAAGAAACAGCAGAGGCUACAGGAAAACGAGGUAGGGAGUCUGGAAAAGACAGUAAACAGCCAAAGAAAAGAACCAGAAGAUGAAACUGAAAUUCGUAUGUGGUUAGGGUAUUUGUACAUUUGAUGUGCCAGAAAGUAUUCAUCAUUACUCUUUAAUUAACAUGAGUGUUUUGGAGAGAAUCAUAGGUCUUGUUAGGUUUUUAUUCUCAUAGUUACCAGUUUAGUUUUCAUUUAACCUGUGGUUUCGUUAGCGGGUAUAAAUGGCUAUAGACAUGGUGUUGUCUUCAUUUAUU